AUAGAGUAUAUAUAGGGUAGAUUUAUACAGUAUAUAGAGUAUAAUAGAAAGAGAUGAUUAUAUAGGGUAUAUAAAGCGUAAUGGACAAUCUUACCCCUGCACUUCCAGGCAUUAAAAGGUUACCAGACAUUCUGUAUUUCCAUGGAGCAGGGUCUGGGUCCAGCAGAGCAUCCCACUCAGUGCCAGGGCUGUCUCAUGAGCAUCUGCUCAUUAACAGUGUAAAUCACAGGAGAUGGGAAUGCUGAAGGAAUGUGCCAGGCCUGGUGCAAUCCCAUUCUCAUGGCUCAUUUUCUAAGGCUGAGUAAUAAGUGCUCACAAUAACUAUGAGAUAAUAACUGGCAGGUGGUGGGGGUGGUGCCCUGGGCAGUGUGUGGGGGCUGUGUCUGCGCAGCUGAGCCCGUGGGUUCCUCACUGGUGGACUGGCUACUGCUGGUGGCACUGAAGGACUGCUGACAGUCCAUAACUGCUUUCUGAACCUGCUGCAUUGUGUCCAGAUCUGGGCUCCUCAGGAUAAGAAAGACAAGGACCUGCCAGAGAGGGUCCAACAGAGGCCACAGAGGUGAUGAGGGAUCUGGAGCAUCUCCCUGGUGAGCAGAGACUGUGUGAGCUGGGCCUGGUUAGUCUGGAGAGGAGACAACUGAGAGGGGAUCCUGUCAAUCCACACAAAUAUCUCCAAGGGAUGUCAGGAUGGUCCCAGACUCUGUUUAGUGGUGUCCAGCGACAGGACAAGGAGCAAUGGCCAUAAAAUGAAACACAACAAGUUCUCCCUCAACAUGAGGCAGAACUUCUUUCCAUGGAGGUGACAGAGCCUGGAACAGCUGCCCAGGGAAGUGUGGAGUCUCCCUGUCUGGAGACAUCCCAGACCCACCUGGACAUAUUCCUGUGUCACCUGCUCUGGAUGACCCUGCCUGCGUAGGGGUUGGACUGGGUGAUCUCCAGAGGUCCCUUCCAAACCUGGCUGUUCUGGAAUCUGUGAUUCUCUGUGUGGUGUGAGUGAUGCUGUUUUGAGUUCAGGGGGCAAAUUUCUUUGGGUGUAUGAAUGAAAGAGAAUCCCCAGGAGCUGAAGGUGAUGUUGGGAUAGAGCUGUCACAGUGGUGCUGAAGGAGUUCUGUCCUUCUAAGAAGUCUGUGUUGAACUAACAGAAUGUUGCUCUUCGAGCACGACAGUUUUUUGUAGUGUGCCACGUAUUUUUUUCCUUAUGUGUCUGAAAACUUCUGCAACUUUUGUCUUCACCCCCUGAUUCAGCUCAUAGUCUUGCUGAGACAAUAGCAGCUGGAGCUUUUGGGAUGGAUAGUAAAUUGUCUUGCUCAGCAAGAAUAAUUUUAGUUUUUAUUUGUGUUUUCUACACAACGUUUGUUCAGUUGUGCUGAACUUCUCCAUCAGGUUGGUUGUUGGUGAGCUCCAUGGGCAGUUGUAACUUAGAUGUUUUGUCUGUAGGGCCUCAAGCCUGUGGGUGGGUUGAGGUGUUGGGGUGUGGGAAGGGGCUGAGAAGAAUAAAGCUGGUGAUUAAGUCUUUAAAUACCCUGAAGGUGGGAGAAGAGGCCCCUGUGCUCCAUGAGCUCCUCCGUCCUGGAGCACUGUGAACUUGGUGGUUGCAUUUAUAUCAGAGGCUUUGUUCUAGUUGUGGUAGUUGCUGGAAAAAUCCGCUUCAAUCCUGAGGAUAACAGUAUUAAUACAGCUUUCUGCUCAGGCUAAGUGUAAUGAUUAAACACAGUGAUGGAGCUGAAGUAAUGUGACUUAGCAGUGAGUGGAAAGACUUCCCUGGUGACCAGAACUGAGGUGGCUCCUGUGGUGAGCUCUCUGCAGACCUGUGUGCCCCUGUGUGUGAGUUUCUCUGUCUCUAAAUCUGUGUUGUUUUAGAAGUUCCAUGCAUAAGCAGGCCUGGCCUCUGCAGGGCAGAUCAGCUGUGGCAAACUGAAGAUCUGGUAAUGCCCAUGUGUGCUGACACUACAGAGAGUGGUUCUCAGGAAUUCCUAAUUUCCAAAAGGCAGCUUAUCUUCAGACCUUGAACUGGUUAGUUGGUAAUAAUUAACUUACUUGUUCUGGUUUACAAGUUAUCAGCAUUGAAAACAGCUAACUACCUCCAUUUAGAGAGUUUAUCUGUAAAAACAAACCCCUGACAUCCAUUCUGUUACCUGGCCACUCAGUAUCCCAGCAGCUUUGUGCUAUCUUCUCCUUUAAAUGAGAGUGUGUUGAGAAAUCCCCAGUGGAAUGUUGGUUCUGAACUCUGGAGAUUGUUACAGUUUUAAUGUGGCACAAUUAUUGCCUCUGUUCCGUGGGGUAGUUGUGUGCAGUUUGAAGUGCUGUGUUAGGAGUGUUUCAGACCAUGUGUCAGAGACCUGAGAGGAAUCUGUUCAGACACACACGAAACAUUUACGUGCACAAGUGACACGUCCAGGGUGCUUUUUUUUUUUUAGUACAUUUUAUGCUUUUAUUAUUAUUUUCCCUUUUUGUGAUGGACUGAUGUUUUAACUUCAAGUCUCCUUGCACAUAAAUAUUUAAUUUAUCUUAAUCUCAAAGCAUGUAGUCUUUAACAGAAAGUUAUUUAAAUAUUGUUUAAAAGUUACUUCUACUUUGAAAAAAAAAGUCUAGAAAACGGAGCUGGUGAGAGCCUGAACUUGUAUGUUUCCCUACACUGUUGCCUUAGAUAAUGUUAUAAGCUUAUCUGAGGCUUAAUACCUCAGAUAAAGUUAUAAGCAUUAAGUUUUAAUAGCUUAUUUCUAAAAAAUGUUAAUCUGUGAACCAGUUUGGAGAUUGUCUAGUGAGUGGAUUCAGAGCUGUAGAAAAUGUGUUUGGAAGACAGUAGUUCUGUCUGCUUAAAACCAUAUAUAGUGGUGGUGCUCCUGAUUUCUGAUAAUUAGAAGUAUAAUUCUGUUGUUAGGAGUAUGAUUCUUAAAAGAAUACUUUAUGGUGAUCUAGUCUGCCCUUUUUUGAAAGGUUUUGAUUUUAUUGUGCAAUUUUAUUUUUUUUUUAUUGUAGGUCUGUUGUAGAAAAGCUGAAAACCUAUCAAAAACUUCAAGAAAGAGUAGUGAAAUUACAGGAAUAAUAUGCUAGUUAUUCAAAGUCAGGUUAAUUACUCAAAAUGCUUUAUUAAGUCAAAUGGAACUAUUCUAUUUCAAAACCAGAUUUAAUAAAAUGUAACUACAUUAUUGGGUCAGUAGACUGAGAUGUGAUAAUUUCCUGAGCUGGGUGUAGAAGUGAUUUACUCUGUAUUAAGUAGAUGAAAAUAUUUGCAUAUGAUUUCAGUUCUACAGUUCUUUGAGUUCUUUCCUUUUUCAGAGGUCAGUGGGCCAAUGCUGGGCAACACAAAUGCAUCCUAAUCUACCUAUUUAGCAUUGUAAUCUGAUAAUGCACUUGUGCUUAAUUCAGAAUUUGUGCCACUCAAGAGUGCAAAACAAUGAAUUUAAGUCUUUUAAAGUGUAAGAUAAAGAUAGAUGCAAUAAUUACUUACCUCUCCUCUGUAUUUUUUUGAAUUAUGAAAGGGUUUUUUUAUAAAUUCUGGUGUCAUUAAGGUAUCUGUUAUCUGUACUUCGAUGUCUCUCAGUGGACCAUCAAAAGCUGUUAAUCUUGUAAGUCUCUUAAUUGAAAUUACUUCCAGUUCAAGUUGUAACGCCUCCAGUUACCAGGAGGUUGCGAAAUGGGGUGAUUGUUCAGGCAAGGGCUGCAUUCAAAUGAGUGAGGAGAAGUGGCAUUAAGUAUAUAUCUCUGCUGCUUGAUGCCCUCUAGACAGCUGUGAGAGACCUGGGUUAUGGUGUAGUGUGAACACCUUUGCUGUGACAAACGAAUGCAAGUGGAUAUCAAAAAAAUAGCGUAUUCAGAUUGUUCACUUCUGGUUUAUGCACAGGCACAAAAUGCUGCCCUGCUGCAUACUAUUUAUUUCACCUUCCUUAUGCCUUGCAAAUCUGUUUGAACUACACAUUGCCUAAAAGCGUUCUUGUCACAUGCACAUUAAUGUGGUGAAUAAUUCCAUAUUGAUGUAAGUGAACGCACCUGAUCUGAAGGAUUCACUGAAGGGAAACCUUACACCUCAACGAAGGAAGUUAAGGUAUAGAGUGUGAAUCUGUACCUGCAGUGUGGCAUAAGUGAUGUGAGUGAAUUUGAGUAUUUGUUUGGUCUCUAAGCUUUUAGAAGCAGCAGUACUAGAUGGUCAAAAUACAUUGAAUUGGGGUGGGAGGUAAAGUCAGCCAGUGCAGAGAUUGAAUGCACUGAUAAAAGUAGAAGGAAAACUAGAGAGACCUCCACAGGUGUAGUUUACAGACAUUAGACUGAAUGGAUCUGAGUCCCUUCAGUUUGCUCAAAGGAAGUGUAAAUAUUGAUUUUAUUUAUACAGAGUCGAACCAUGUGAGCGUUUAGCCAUGAAAAUAGAUGUGGACUUAGGAAGCAAUUCAGAGUGACCAAAAAGGCAUAAAAUUGAGUGUCUGGAAAGGUUCAUUAAGCAAAUGAACCAGGGUGUUUUGCAGUGUGGAAUGUGAUUGAUUAACAAGUAGCUUUCUGAUGAACUGGUAAGUCUAAAAAAAGUGUUUUAUGUUCUUAGGGUCUCAGAAUUUCAUUUGUUUUUGUUUUUUGAGUAGAAUAGAAAUGAUAAGCUGAAUUACCAUGCUGUGUUUUUAAUUUUUAUUAUUAUUUAUGCAGUUCAGUCAUGUUGAAGGGUAAUAAUGGCCUAUUUUGUUUUUUGCCUGUGAACUGUGGUAUAAAAUGUAUAUGGAGACAAACUAGAAGAUCCUAAUACGCCUUCUGGUUUUAAACUUGCUGACAUUGUAAUGCCAUAGUACAUGCUUUCAGAUGCACUUGUUUUUUAUAAGGAAGCCUCAAUUUUGUGAUUUAAAGUGGAUUUUUGGGUGUAUUGUUCAUAGUGUGCUGGGUACACUAUGUGUAGAGCAUAUUCAAAGUACAUAGGGGCUGCAGCCCUGUUUGUACUUAGGUUUUGUCUACAUGGAGGAGAGAAGAUGAUGUUAAUAAAAAAAAAAUACCUUCCAGAAGUUGUCUUCUGAUACUAACACUUGGGCUUUGUAGACAUCAUAUUACUGUGAAUGAGAUGCUGUUGUUGUUCUUUGUAGGUUUAAAAAGGGUAAAGCUUCACUCGAACUGAGACUAGAAUGGACAGUUACUUCAAAGCUGCAGUGUGUGACUUGGACAAGUUGCUCGAUGAAUUCGAGCAGAACACAGAUGAAUAUGACUGCCUCAGAACACCUCAAAACCCAUGUGACUCAAAGCACCGUUCCCUCUUCUCAGUCCUGGGGUGCUUACAACAUGCAUUCCCAGCACCAGAGAUGCCAGAGGAUGCUGACAGCUGCCCUUCCCCAGAGAAGACCCCUCUCGUUAGCCACGCUGGGACGAGGGGUGUGCUGUGCAGUCAGUCACCACCGCAGGAGCAGAGUGUUGCUGGACCUGAUCUUCUGUCCACUGUGGACAGUGGUUCCUUAAAUGAAAUGGAGGCUUCCAGCCUGGGAAGGUGUGGCAUACCUGUGUGUGAUCUUGUUAAUGACACUGCUGAUUUAAUCCAUGCUCACCAAGGUUCUCAGAAGUCACAGCCAGCUGAUUUCCAGUGCAGCCAAGGGUCAAUUGGCUUUGGCCUGUCUUGCAUACCUGUUCCUAUUUGUGUGUCAUCAUCUGGUUGCAGGGAUGCUUCCAGCACAGAGCAGAGUGAUGGGGACUCAAUGCUUCAAGAUUCAGGGUGUCUUACAACAGAGGAAAUGAAUCAUUUAGCUUUAAAAUCAGACAGUUACACUACAGGAGAGAUCUCGGAUUCAUGUGAUGAUCAACACAGGACAGAACCUGUAAAGUGCAGUGAAGUACUUGAUCAGCCUGAACAAGCUGCUCACCUUGAUAUCGAAUGUGUCCUUGUAGCAACACAGAAUUCAAAUGCAAAUGGUCCCAAAGAUGAGAAAGCUUGUGAAAAACUGCUUUGUGAAUCACAAGAUGAUAGUGCAUGUUCUGCAGUAAGCAAAGAGAUGCGUGGAGGAAAUGCCAUAGGAAAGGGAGACCCAAAAGAUGGGAGUAAUGCUAUAUCCAUGCUUUCAGAUCUGCUCAAGAGGCAUCAGGUGCACAAAACCCAUGCAACAUUACCUGGAAUUUGUGUUGCACCAGGCUUCUCAUGUCAAACAGGAGCUGAAGUACAAUUGGAAAAGAAAAUCACAGAAGAGAAUGUAUGUAAUGAAGAACUUAACAGCAGUGAGACACUAAGAAGUGUUUCCAGUUUGCGUAUUUCAGCUGAGGAUGUCCAGACCUCUCCGUCAUGUCUCCCUGUGUCCAUGUGCGGCUCAUUAGUUGUAAGAGAAGAAAAGGUUAAUCCUCUACCUCAGAAUGCAGUGGCAGAGGUUAUCAGUGGUACUGUAGCUGUUCAUUCUGGAGCAUCUAAAACUGAUCCCUCUGGCAGGGAAUCCUGUGAAAAUACUGACUGGCAUGAGCAGGAAGAAUAUUUAGCUGAAAUCAGCAAAAGUAUUGUGGAAAACAGUGAGGAUGGAGUGCAGUGCAAUGCUCAGAGUGUAAUUGAUGGUGGUGACUCUCAGGAAAUUGAAGCUUUUGCUUCUGCUUUUCUAGACCUUGAGGUUGAGCCAUAUGAUGUAGGUGUGGACAGCUUCUAUGAUGAAAGUAUGAGCCCAGUUGUGGCUGACCUUACUGUGGAGGAGAGUGUUAUUAAAAGUGAUAUUCUAGUCAGCGACGGUGAGCUUGAUGAUUUCUUGUAUGGACAAAGUCUGCAGUCCAAGGCGCUGAAGUCUUCAGACAAUGAUAGUAACUUAAUAGAAAAUAAUGCAGAUGAAGGGAAUGUAACAGAUGUGAACAACCUGGAUUUCACAGAGGUCACUGAAGAACUUAUGCAAGCAAAACUGGAGGAGACAAUGAGCAUUAAUAGUAAUGUUAAAGUAUCUCUUUCUGCCAGCUAUUUGGAAGCUGCAGCAGAAGAUAAUGUAUCUCAUGGUCAGGACGUAACUGAGAGUAGUAGUGAAGCUCUGGCUUCUGAUGUUCCUACUGAAGGUGCAAGACCAAAGCAGUUGCUUGGCCUUUCCCAAGCUGCUGCUGGUCAGAAACAACUGAACAGAACAAAUGUACUUGAGAGAGAAAACCAGGAACACGGUUCUGUUACCCCAGAAGUUCCCCUCUCAGGCAGCAGUGUAAGUGUUAGUAAGAACUCUGACCCUGGGGAAGGCAUCUCUGAAGCUGGAGGAAACCAAACAUCUGAAAACACAGAGUCACUUAAAACACCUGCAGCUCUGCUGUGGAAACAGCCACUGUGGGUCCCUGAUUCAGAGGCCCCCAACUGCAUGAACUGCCAAGUGAAGUUCACGUUCACAAAGAGACGACACCACUGCCGAGCUUGUGGGAAGGUUUUUUGUGGUAGCUGUUGCAAACGAAAAUGCAAACUACAGUACAUGGAGAAGGAGGCAAGAGUCUGUACUGGCUGUUACAAUGACAUUAAUAAAGCACAGGCAUUUGAAAGGAUGAUGAGUCCAACUGGUCUUGUUCCCAGUUCCAGUGUCUCCUCUGAACAUUCUGCUGUUCCACCAGUAGAGGAAGCCCAGAUGCCUGGUAGUGCCAGCUCCCCUUCGCUUUCUGCAUUGUUGCCUAUCUCAGCCCUUAAACAACCUGGUAUUGAAGGGCUGUGCCCCAGAGAGCAGAGGAGGGUCUGGUUUGCAGAUGGUAUUUUGCCCAAUGGUGAAGUGGCAGACACGACAAAACUGUCCUCUGGAGCCAAGAGGUUGUCGCAGGACUUAAGUCCAGUGAACCCUGACUUGCCAGAGACUCAUACGGCUGCAAACCCAGAGGAAGAUGACAUGUUAACUGAUGUAAAUCAAAAAUGGAAGGAAAAAAUUGAUAUUAUGACAAGAACAGAGGAAUCACAUCCUUCUGUUCCUUCAGACAACGCACAGCAGGGUGUCUCGGGCCAGAGUGAGUUGGUACCUAGUUACGAAUCUGUAACUCUAGGAACUGAAGAGUGUUCUCCUGCUGCAGAGGCCAAGAAGACCAGUUGCAGUGCAGUGGAUCAGGCUGCACAUGAUGUGUCUGUUAGUCCUUCAAGUUACAGAGCACUGUGUGGGGUCGAAAAGUGUGUGCGAAGAGACAUCAGCCUUGUUCCUGAUGGGGAUAACCUGCCACCACUUCUGCUGGCUGUGGGUGAAAAAGGAAAAGAUCCCGUGGUGGAGGAACAUCCAUCUCACCAAAAGAUCACCUCGCUGCUUGGGGAAGGAGGUCCUACUCCAUUAACUUUUAUCCUAAAUGCAAACUUGCUUGUCAAUGUCAAGCUAAUAACAUGUUCCUCAGAAAGGUGCUGGUGCUUCUCAACCAAUGGACUGCAUGGUUUGGGUCAGGCAGAAAUUGUCAUUUUGUUACAGCGUUUGCCAGAAGAAGAUGUUUUCCCCAGUGAAAUGUUCAAAUUAUUUCUUGACAUCUAUAAGGAUGCAAUGAAAGGAAGGUUUGUAAGAAACAUGGAAAACAUUACUUUUACUGAAAACUUUCUCAACAACAAAGAGCAUGGAGGAUUCCUGUUUGUUUCACCAACUUUUCAGAAACUUGAUGAUCAGAUUCUACCGGAUAACCCUUUUCUUUGUGGCAUUCUCAUCCAUAAGCUGGAAAUACCCUGGGCUAAAGUGUUUCCAAUCCGUUUAAUGUUGAGACUGGGAGCAGAAUACGGGGCCUAUCCAACUCCUGUGGUGAGUUACAGGCACCGGAAGCCACUUUUUGGAGAGAUCGGGCACACAAUUAUGAAUCUGCUUGUUGACCUUAGAAAUUAUCAGUAUACUUUGCAUACCAUAGACAACCUUUUUGUUCAUGUGGAAAUGGGUAGAAGCUGUAUUAAAAUACCCCUAAAGAAGUAUAAUGAGAUAAUGAAGGUCAUAAAUUCUUCUAAUGAACAUGUAAUUAGCAUUGGAGCAAGUUUUAAUACCGAAGCAGAUUCUCACCUGGUGUGUGUGCAGAACAAGCAUGGCCUCUAUCACACACAGGCAGUCAGUGCCACGGGACAUCCCAGGAAAGUUACAGGUGCAAGUUUUGUGGUGUUUAAUGGAGCCUUAAAAACAUCUUCAGGAUUUUUAGCUAAAUCCAGUAUAGUUGAAGAUGGACUAAUGGUACAAAUAACACGAGAAACAAUGGAAAGCCUACGUCAGGCAUUGAGAGACAAGAAAGACUUCAGAAUUACCUGUGGAAAAAUGGAUACAGGGGAUGUAAAAGAAUACGUGGAUAUUUGCUGGGUAGAAAAUGAAGAGAAAACAAACAAAGGAAUUUUAAGCCCAGUAGAUGGAAAAUCAAUUGGAGGAACUCAGAGUGAAAAAGCACCACAAGGCAGAGACUUCGAAAGAGAGGGAAAAGUUAUGAAGUGCACUGAAGUUUGCUAUUUUGUGAAGGACAAUGAACUCUCCAGUGCUGUUCCUCACCAGUUUGCUAAAGAGAUUGCCACUGCCUGCAGCACUGCUCUCUGCCCUCACCUCAAAACCUUGAAAAGUAAUGGAAUGAAUAAGAUAGGCCUGAGAGUUUCCAUUGACUCAGAUAUGGUUGAAUACUUAGCUGGAUCUGGAGGUCAUCUUCUUCCACAGAACUAUCUGAAUGACUUGGACAGUGCUCUGAUUCCUGUGAUUCAUGGUGGAAUGUCAGAUCCUACCACACUACCAGUGAAAAUGGAAUUAAUAUUUUUCAUUACAGAACACUUGUUUUGAUAAGGCUGAUGACAGGCAAUAUACUGAUUUGCUAGAUCUGAACACCAAAGUUAUAAUGCCACAAAAACUAACAAUGUUAAAGUUUCUAAACCUGUUGCAUUUAAUAGCUUUUCAAACUGUUUUUUAACCCCCUCAGAUCCUCCCUGGUUACUCUACCACAAAGGAAUUGUAGUUUGUAAUGUUCCUAAAGUCCUGAAAGUUUACACUUAAUACAGGUGCAGAAGAGGGCAGGUUUUGUUAAUCUUUACACAGCUGUAGCAUUUACUAUACCUAGUGUAACUCCAAGCCAUACUGCCUUGCCUCAACCUCAGAUAAGUGUGUUACUACGAGUUGCUGUGUUUAAAUGUAAUCUCUGCAGCAAGUGCUUCCCACCUGCAAAGGAGCUGAACACUGAAGCAAAGCUGGCCCAGAACUGUUCCCCUGCCCUCUGAGGUGCAGACACGAGACCCUCUGUAGCUGACGGUGAGCCCCGUGUGUCAGGGCAGGGCGAACUCUGCAGGUGUGUUGAAGACUUUGUGGGUGAGCUCCUUAACAUGGGGAUUGAUGCUGGUGCUUCAGAAACAUAUGCUCUGCAUUAAUGUUUUAUAGAAUAACUGAUAUCUUUCUUGUAUUUUUAACGUUUUAGCUAACUUAAAUUUAUGCUAUUUUUAUAAAAAGUGCUUUCUUUUUUUUCCUUUAUUGUGGUUUAGAAGUCCUGAUAAAAUUUGACCUUUCAAGGAUUAUAAAAAAAAGAUUAGCCUUGAUAUAAUCUACACGUAGCAAUAAGUCAGACAAGAAUUCUGCAGUAUUUUUUCUGCUCCUGUCUGCUGCUUUUGCCACCUUCUAGUAGCCACCUUUACUUUCAGGGAGAAUAGAUGUAUUAAGUGUGAAUUUUCAUGAACAGAUCAAUUCUAGUGGAAGGUGUCCCUGCCCAUGGCAGGGGUGUUGGAAGUCCUUAAGGUUCCUUCCAACCCCAACCAUUUGGGGAUUUUUAGUAUACUUGAGGUUCUUGCAUAGUACGUAUUUUUGAUACUGGGUCACUUAAAUCUAUUUAUGUAUUUGUGAUGCAUGUGAUUUGUACUGAGGUUCAUGGAACCACAAUGCAGGUUUGGUAACUGCCACAGGACUGUUUAUCAGGAGCAGAACCAAAACUAAAUAUAUACAACAUCUAUAUUGUUUUCAGUAGAAAUGCUGGUACAAUUUUAUAAUGAAAGUAUUAAAAUUUUGAUGCCAUCUUGAUGCUAAUAGGGGAUAUUUUAUGUUUUUGUAUCAAAAACGAUCUGUAAAUUAACCUUUAACCUAAUCUGCUCUUCUGUUACCUGUGCUUUAACACACUGGUGCUAGAAGGGUUCAGGCUUCAAGAUCUUACCCUGGAGGAAAUUGAGCUGCAUUUCAGCUUCUUUGUGCUGACUUCGAGAUAGAUACUGCCCUUCUGGAGAAGGGCUGGACUCACACCAUGCACAGCAGGAACAAAACAUGCCUUUGUUGAAAACAAGCUGCCCCUGGGCCCUCGAGGCCAAGCAGCAUUUCCAGGCUGUGGUGGGGCUGGGGUGGCUGUGACCAGCACCCUGCACCCCAGGGUGUCUGCAGAGGUACCCAAACCGACAGCUGUCUCUUGGCACUUACCCUCUACUAACCCCUUUUCAGUAAUGAUCAAUAAAGUUAACUACAGUGCUUGCACUCUCUGUCUCUUAUUUAUAAUAAAGCAGGAAAAAAGACAUGA